UGUGUGGUUUUCUGGAGAAUCCACAAUGUCGAUUUGAAACUCUGAGACUGAUGGACUCUUGUUUGUCAACGAUCAGCUGUGAUUAUCUGGCAGCAGCUCUGAAGUCCAACCCCUCCCAUCUGAGAGAGCUGGACCUGAGUCACAACAACAAGCUGCAGGAUUCAGGAGUGAAGCAGCUGUGUGGUUUUCUGGAGAGUCCAGGAUGUGGACUUGAAACUCUGAGACUGAUGGACUCUUGUUUGUCGAAGAUCAGCUGUGAUUAUCUGGCAGAAGCGCUGAAGUCCAACACCUCCCAUCUGAGAGAGCUGGACCUGAGUAGAAACAACAAGUUGCAGGAUUCAGGAGUAAAGCAUCUGUGUGGUGUUCUGGAGGGUCCAGGAUGUCGACUUGAAACUCUGAGGUGAAAGGUCACGGCACACAGCAAUCUGUGAAACAGAAACGGUUUGGA